UGGUGGUUCUUUAGAGCCGUGCGAGUCACGCUUGAGUCCGGGUCUUGGGGGCGCGAGGCGUUCGUGGACCAUGUCCUGGCUCUUCGGCAUAAAUAAGGGCCCCAAGGGCGAAGGCGUAGGACCUCCCCUUCCCUUGCCGCCCGCGCAGCCCGGCGCUGAGGGCGGGGGCGACCGUGGCUCCGGAGACCGACUGGCUCCCAAGGACAAAUGGAGCAACUUUGACCCGACGGGCCUGGAACGCGCGGCCAAGGCGGCGCGCGAGCUGGAGCACUCGCGCCAUGCCAAGGAGGCACUGAGCCUGGCACAGAUGCAGGAACAGACGCUGCAGCUAGAGCAGCAGUCUAAGCUUAAGGAAUAUGAGGCUGCUGUGGAGCAGUUGAAGAGUGAGCAGAUCCGAGUGCAGGCUGAAGAAAGGAGGAAGACUCUGAGUGAAGAAACAAGGCAACACCAGGCUAGGGCCCAGUACCAGGACAAGCUGGCCCGACAGCGCUAUGAUGACCAGCUGAAGCAGCAGCAACUUCUCAAUGAAGAGAAUUUACGGAAGCAAGAAGAGUCUGUGCAGAAGCAGGAGGCCAUGCGGCGAGCCACUGUGGAGCGGGAGAUGGAGCUUCGACAUAAGAAUGAAAUGAUGAGAGUGGAAGCUGAGGCCCGAGCCCGGGCCAAGGCUGAUAGAGAAAAUGCAGACAUAAUCCGAGAGCAGAUCCGCCUGAAGGCUGCUGAGCAUCGCCAGACCAUCUUGGAAUCCAUCAGGACAGCUGGUACUUUGUUUGGUGAAGGAUUCCGUGCUUUUGUGUCUGACUGGGACAAAGUGACAGCCACGGUGGCUGGAUUGACACUACUGGCUGUUGGGGUCUAUUCUGCCAAAAAUGCCACUGCUGUUGCGGGUCGAUACAUUGAAGCUCGGCUGGGGAAGCCAUCGCUGGUGAGGGAGACCUCCCGCAUCUCAGUGCUGGAGGCAUUGAGGCACCCUGUACAGGUCAGUAGACGACUCUUCAGCAAGCCUCAGGAUGCGCUAGAGGGUGUUAUCCUCAGUCCCAUCCUGGAGGCAAGAGUACGAGACAUUGCCAUAGCAACAAGGAACACCAAGAAGAACAAAAGCCUGUACAGGAAUGUUCUUAUGUAUGGACCACCAGGGACUGGCAAGACACUAUUUGCUAAAAAACUCGCACUGCACUCAGGCAUGGACUACGCCAUCAUGACAGGCGGGGACGUGGCCCCCAUGGGGCGGGAGGGUGUGACCGCCAUGCACAAGGUCUUCGACUGGGCCAGCACCAGCCGACGAGGCCUCCUGCUGUUUGUGGAUGAAGCAGAUGCUUUCCUUAGGAAGCGAGCAACUGAAAAAAUAAGUGAAGACCUCAGGGCUACCCUGAAUGCAUUUCUGCACAGGACGGGCCAGCACAGUAGCAAGUUCAUGCUGGUUCUGGCCAGUAACCAACCCGAGCAGUUUGACUGGGCUAUCAAUGACCGCAUUGAUGAGAUGGUCUGCUUUGCCCUGCCACAGCGGGAGGAGCGGGAGCGCCUGGUGAGAAUGUAUUUUGACAAGUAUGUCCUUAAGCCGGCUACAGAAGGAAAGCAGCGUCUGAAGCUGGCCCAGUUUGACUAUGGGAAAAAGUGCUCUGAGGUUGCUCAGCUGACGGAGGGCAUGUCGGGCCGUGAGAUUGCUCAGCUUGCUGUGGCAUGGCAGGCCAUGGCUUAUGCCUCGGAGGACGGGGUCCUCACAGAGGCCAUGAUAGACACUCGUGUCCAGGAUGCAGUUCUACAGCACCAGCAGAAGAUGCAGUGGCUCAAGGUAGAGCUACCCAGACAUGAGGCCAGCAAGCCGCAGUGCCCGAUUCCUCAGCAACCAAGCUAGGCCUGGACACUACACACUUGGCCGGAAAACACCAGCUGCUGCAACCACAGUGCCAUUCCCUUCUCUUCCCUGCUCCCUUCUGCCUCUGGGAGAGGUCAGGGAUGGAUCGAUGGCUCUACCCUGCUUGGGGCUGCAUGGUUGUGUCAGCUCUUCUCCUCCUCCUGCCAUGGAAGGUGGCUGGGGAGGGCAGAUCACCUUCCUGCCCCACAGGACACUUGUGAGACAUGUCUACAAGCCUAGCUCAAAGCAGGGAGGAAGCCAAAUGCUGUACCACAGAGCAGAGGCUAUGGCUAUGCCAGCAGAAAUGGGACCUCUGGGGACCAGAUUGUGGUCAAGGACCCUGUGCUGCCCAGUAGGCCUUGGACUGGGCAUUCUCCCACCCUGUGCACAUUUGUGCCAUAAAUUAGCCCAUCUCUUACCUGGUGGGGUAGGACUGGGGCUGGACAGUGGCAUCUCAGGCUCAGGAGGAGCUGCUGCCCUCCCCUUGAGUGGAGCUGGGCCUUUUUAAUCCAGAAUCUAAUAAACUCUGACCAUUA